AUGAGGCUUGCGGUGGGCGUCGUAGCCCUCGUGGCGGCUUUGCAAUGCUGCUGUUUGGGCACGUUUGCCGAGCCUGAAAGUCUGCUGGAUGUGGCAGCUAAAAAGGCAGUAGAGGAGAGUGUCGGAGUCCCUGUAGGGGAGGCGUGGAAAGACAUAUAUGAUGCCCUUGUGCGCAAGCGGGGAUCGAAGCUCUUUAAGUAUUUGCGCUUCUGGAUCGCAGGCGUGACAGGGCAGAGCGACCCUUGGACCCUGGCAAAGCACAUUAUGGAUAACUUGAAAAGAGACGUUUUCCAAGGCCGUGUGAACAAAGAGACGUGGGAGUGGCUAACGGUUGAGCUUUUCAAUAUCCUCAGCGAGUGGUGGAAGAAUACCCCGGAGAACCCCCGCGACGCAGCAGAUGUCGGCACGUGGCAAUCCCUGUUGAGACUGCAUAAAGACGUUAUGGGCCCCUCCCUACGAGGCAGCAACCGUGUCGGUGCCGUCAACGAUUUACUGCUGGACCCCGAUCUCACGACUCUGCGUCGCUGGGUUAACCAGUGGAAGGGUAUGCCGGUUACUCAACCAGAGAAAGCAGCAGAGGGGGGCACUGGAAGCAAGACGGGAGGCGAUAGCUGA